AUGGUUUCGAGUCAAUCUGACGCAGCGGCUAUUGACCGUGAUUUGUUCGAUAGGCGCCUGAUUCGCGGUAACCAGCAGUCCAACAUCGGCGGAGGCCCUGGGGGCGAUGGAAGGGAUGAUAAGGAUAAAAAGAAGGAUAAGCCUAGAUACGAACCACCUCCCCCUCCCACGACUCGUCUUGGACGUAAGAAGCGCAAGGCUGCCGGACCAAGCACAGCUUCCAAGCUCCCCGACAUCUUCCCAACCUCACGAUGCAAAUUACGAUACUUGCGAAUGCAACGAGUCCACGACCACUUGUUGCUAGAAGAAGAAUACGUCGAGAACAUGGAACGCUUACGCAAGACCAAGGCCCAAGCAGCACAGGAUUCCGUCAGCAGAAGCGAGUUCGAUAUCAUGGACCGGAAUGCAGACGAGAGGGGUCGCGUCGAUGACAUGAGAGGCACUCCCAUGGGAGUCGGCAACUUGGAAGAGUUGAUCGACGACGACCAUGCCAUUGUUUCCAGCGCUACCGGGCCAGAGUACUACGUUUCCAUCAUGUCCUUCGUUGAUAAGGACUUACUGGAGCCUGGUGCCAGCAUUCUGCUACACCACAAGUCUGUCUCCGUUGUGGGUGUGCUCACCGAGGAGUCCGACCCAUUGGUAUCGGUGAUGAAACUUGACAAGGCACCAACGGAGUCUUAUGCGGAUAUCGGUGGUCUGGAGACUCAGAUUCAAGAGGUUCGAGAAUCCGUCGAACUUCCGCUGCUCCACCCUGAGCUGUAUGAAGAGAUGGGUAUCAAGCCCCCCAAGGGUGUCAUUCUCUACGGUGCCCCGGGAACCGGAAAAACGCUGCUUGCCAAGGCGGUUGCGAAUCAAACAAGUGCCACUUUCCUCCGGAUUGUCGGUAGUGAACUUAUCCAGAAAUACCUCGGUGACGGACCUCGUUUGGUGCGACAGAUUUUCCAGGUUGCUGCGGAACACGCUCCUUCCAUCGUCUUCAUUGAUGAAAUUGAUGCCAUCGGUACGAAGCGUUACGACUCUACAUCGGGUGGUGAACGAGAAAUUCAGCGUACUAUGCUUGAGCUUCUUAACCAGCUGGACGGUUUCGAUGACCGUGGAGAUGUCAAGGUUAUCAUGGCCACUAACAAGAUUGAAACACUUGACCCUGCUUUGAUUCGUCCUGGUCGUAUUGAUCGAAAGAUUCUCUUCGAGAACCCAGACCAAAAUACCAAGAAAAAGAUCUUCACCCUGCAUACAUCCAAGAUGUCACUCGGCGAUGACGUCGAUCUUGACGAGUUUAUCAACCAAAAAGACGACCUUUCAGAUAGACCGCACCAAGCGGACAAAUGUGUCUGCCAAGCUGCCGCCGAUGAUGACCAGGCGGGCUUGAUUAGCGACGAGCAAGCUAACGUUCAGACUGGAGCUGAAGAUCGAAAAGACAAGAGUGAAAGCGACAGCGAUAAUGAUUCUGAUGACUCUGACUCCGAUGAUGACGAUGAGGAUGAGUUCCCUGUCUCGCAUGAGCUCGUCCUUAAAACUCAUGAGCGUGCCGUGACAACUCUCACAGUGGACCCAUCAGGCUCGCGUUUAAUCACAGGGUCAACAGACUGUACAAUUAAACUACAUGAUUUCGCUUCGAUGACCCCUUCGACAGUGCGCGCCUUCAAGUCCGUUGAUCCUACCGCGAAAAAGCAGUCGGCUGCGCAGGAGGCGCAUUCCGUGCAUUAUGCUGCGUUCAAUCCCCUGUCGCCAAGCUAUGUCAUGGUCGUUUCUGCUACACCCCAACCGAGAAUCCUUGAUCGCGACGGCGAGACAGUUACUGAAUUCGUGAAAGGAGACAUGUACUUGAGAGAUCUUCAUAAUACCAAGGGGCAUAUAUCGGAGGUUACCAGCGCUGCAUGGUCUCCCACUGACGAGAACCUGUGUGCUACUGCCGGAUCAGAUAGUACAGUACGUAUAUGGGACGCCAAUAUCGGACGAUCACAGAAAGAAGUCAUAAUGCAUAAGUCAAGAGCGGCUGGAUCCGCUGGUCGGAGCAAGAUGACUGCUGUUGCAUGGGGCUCCCCAAAGCAAGGUGGACCUAAUGUGCUUAUUGCUGCUGCCCUUGACGGAAGUUUAAUGAUGUGGAGUGGCAAUGGACCAUUUACUCGGCCUAGUGGUGAGAUUCGGGAUGCCCAUACGCGUGAUACAUGGACCAGCGGCCUGGAUAUCAGCUCGGACGGAAGACUGGUCGUCACCAAGGGCGGAGACGACACCAUCAAGCUCUGGGAUACUAGGAAGUUCAAGCAACCGAUCACAACCGUGGCACACCCGUCAAGCUCCUCCCGAUACCCGACUUCGAAUAUUGUAUUCUCACCCACGUCCGCGAAUGUCCUCACGGGCUCGGAAACUGGCCAUUUACACAUUUUGAACCCCGCUACCUUAAGGCCGGAAUUGGUCACACCGGUCACGCCGGGAUCGGCUUUGAUUACAGUUCAAUGGCAUGAGAAACUCAAUCAGAUCCUCACGGGCUCUGCCAAUGCUGAGACACAUGUACUUUACAACCCCGACAUGUCGUCCAAGGGUGCCGCUUUGGUUAUGUCCAAAGCACCCAAACGCCGGCACAUCGAUGAUGACCCGAACCUUACCAUGGAUCUUUCGCAAGGUAUCUCGGGUGAUAACGUUGUCGUUGGAUCGAACGGUGUGCCCCAUUAUAGCUCAGCAACCUGGUCUUCCCGACACCCAACUGUUGGGCUCACGGCCUCGGGACGGCCCAGGGAUCCACGGAGACCCCAUCUACCAGCAACGACUCCCUUCGCCAAGUCACAGCCGGAUGAGAAGCAUAUUCGAGAGAAUAUUCCUCUCAGUUCAAUGCGCGAUGAGGAUCCCCGAGAAGCGUUGCUGAAGUACGCCGAGAAGGCCGAGAAGGACCCAGUUUUCACCAAGGCAUGGAAGGAAACUCAGCCGAAGACGAUAUAUCGGGAGAUUAGUGACGAUGAAGGCGAGCAAGAACCGGAUAAGAAAAGAGCUCGGCGAUGA